AUGACGUCAGUACCAAUCUUAGCACCAAAUCCUAAAGCUCUAGCUCCAGCUCUCAACACCACGCCCUCUCUCGUAUUCGUCUUCUUGCAACACCAAUUAACCACUCUCACCACCCCAAUAAUGUCCGACAGAGCAAAAGAAGCCCUGCGCGCCGAAUCCACCCACCUACGCGCGACCGCGCAAGAUGUCCUCCUCUCAGGCGCAUACCUCUACCCCUUCAAGGGAAUAAUCCACCUCGCAACCCACAAAUCCCUAUACGCCCCGCUCCGCGGCAUCCUAACCCAAACCCUGAUCGCCGGCGCCUCAAUAACAACUGCCCUCUUCGUCUUCACAUACGUCCCGCAAACCGCGCUUCUCACGUUCACUUCGGGCCCGUUCUUUGCGCCGAUCGCGGGGGCGCUCCUUGUUCUCGCCGAAGCCAGCGCCGUCACGCACUUCGUUGCCCGCGGGUGGAUUAUCCGGGAUGCGCUGGUCGAUGUCUUUGAUGCGGUGCUGUUGGAGAGGGGGUGUGAGGGGCUUGUGAGCGAGGGGAGGGUUGUGAGGUCUAAUGUGAAUUCGUUGAUGGGAAGGCUUGGGAGGAUGGUCAAGAAGCCCUUUGGAAGUUCCGGCUCUGCUGGUGGUGGUGGUGCUGGCGGGGUUGUUGGAGGGAUGAUAAGGUCGAUGGUCCUGCUGCCGUUGAAUUUUGUUCCGGUUGUUGGGACGCUGCUUUAUCUUUAUGUUAAGGGGAAGAAGGCUGGGCCGGGCUUGCACGCGAGGUAUUUCCAGCUUAGGGGAUUUGGGGGUAGCGAUAGGGAGGAGUGGGUGACGAGGAGGAGGGGGGGAUAUACGGGGCUUGGAAUGGCGUCUGUGCUACUGGAGAUGGUGCCCUUUGCGUCGAUGGUGUUUGAGUUUAGUAACGCCGUUGGAGCGGCGCUGUGGGCGGCGGAUUUGGAGAAGGCGAAUAAGUAG